AGAGCGCUUUACGACAGUUGCUUUGUGGCAGCACCAGAGGAGAAAGAUGGCGGCCACCUUAGUAGCUAGAGGAGCGGGUCCGGCACCAGCCUGGGGGCCGGAGGCCAUUACCCCCGACUGGGAAAACCGGGAAGUCUCCACAGGGACCACUAUCAUGGCUGUUCAGUUUGACGGGGGCGUGGUUCUGGGGGCCGAUUCCCGAACAACCACUGGGUCCUACAUCGCCAACCGGGUGACUGACAAGCUAACCCCUAUUCACGAUCGUAUCUUCUGCUGCCGCUCAGGCUCUGCAGCUGAUACCCAGGCUGUAGCUGAUGCUGUUACCUAUCAGCUUGGUUUCCACAGCAUUGAGCUGAACGAGCCGCCUCUGGUCCACACUGCAGCCAGCCUCUUCAAGGAGAUGUGUUACCGAUACCGCGAAGACCUGAUGGCAGGAAUCAUCGUUGCAGGCUGGGACUCCCAAGAAGGAGGGCAGGUC